AUGGCCAGUCAUCGAGUCGCUUCAACACUUCCCCGAAUCGGCGUGACAAUCGGGCACGUGCCGCAAAAAUUGAAAACCGGCGGAAUUGAGCCAAGUCGACGCGCUCGACUAGAAGUGUUGCGACGAAUUGUGACGCGAGUUGUUCGAGAGGAGCGCGUCGAAUUGAAAUGGAAUCGUGCCGUUGAAGCUAGGCCAUAUUUGGAACGAUUAAUUCAACUUGGUGUCGAGAGGGGACCAUUAGACGAAUAUACAACGGAAAUGAUGGAAUGGUGGCUUCCCGAGAAGGAUUUGAUCACAAAAAUGCACGAGGUGAUAGUUCCCCGAUUUGCCGACCGCCAAUCGCCAUUCACCUCGAUCUACCGCCUACCAAUGAAGCGCCUUCUUCAGCACAGCAAAUCGAAACAAGAAUUCUGGAAGCGCUACGAGAUCGGAAUUCUCGAAAUCGACGGCAAUCCAUUCCCGCCAGUCGUCUCAACGGAAGCCUGCGAAAACUCCAACACAAUUCUCAAUGUUCUUCUAACAAACGCGCUCAAAAAUUAUCACGCCGACUUGGUGAAAAAAUCCGAAUAA